UAAUUUUCGAAAUCACUUUGCAUCAAAUUCUGCGCACUCCGUGUGCUGGGAGAUGUGUUCCGGCUUCAUACGCAACUUAUAUCAAAUGCUGUGACUUUCGCUAUAAACCCCAGACUACAAUUUUCUCUUAGAGACCAUCAUUAUGGCUUCGUCAAGCAAGCCUCCAACUACCGCAUCCAACCCCUUUGAGGAUGUGACAGCCAUCCUCGGAGAUGAUGUCCAGGAGCAUAUGAAUCCACUGGCUGGGUUGGUACGCCUCCAAGACAAGAUCAUCGUCCGGACGCCCUUUAGCAGCUUCGAAGAGAAGGCGGGGCGUCUAUCGCCGAAAGUCUUUCAGUGGGCUCUGAAUAUCCUGGAAAAGAAUUCCGACCGGAUUCUCUCAGUUGGCACUGAUCAAGGAGGACGGGCCCGGAAAUGCACUGGCAUUUCAAUUCGUGAGAUCCCUUUUGCGUCGGUUAACUUCGCGGCGGCCCUCCCAUAUAUUGUUGGGGUAGCCAACUUCGAGGGAGGCUUCCCCAGUGUCUUUCGCCUUCGCGUCGACGCCCACGACUAUACUCUCGAGGGAAGCCCCCUCUACCUCAACCUCGGCCCCCUGCCUAAAUGGAAGUCGUCGGCGCUGUGGCUCCAAGCCAAGGAGAAACAACGUCCAGAGCCCAAGCUAGAUUACCAUGAGUGGCAUCUAGUCAACCGGAAGGACUGGGCUAAAGACGACGGUCCAGACUACGACCUCUCGGACUUCGAGGUGGAUUAGGAGCAAGCACUGCCAGUGAUAGCGUGCAAGUGGGGUGAGCAAGAAUCGCACCUCUUUUUCCCGUCUGUAGGUGGGAUUGCUGAGGCUUUAAAGGAAUGGUAGCAGGCACUUGAUCGUGGAUAAAGAGGUAAUUGAGGAGGAUGCUGGAGCAGGAUGCUGGAGCAGGAUAUAGCUUCUUUAGAGCAGGGAAAACAUGGGCACUAGACGAUUUGGAUACCCCAAAUAAAGCAAAUAGAGACUUU